GCAGCAACGCAGCGAUACAAAAAUUUUUUUUAACUGAGAGGGUUAGGGCCCGGAGUUGGGACCAAAGCGUGAGCCGCACAGCGGAUUAUUUUUUCUUGCGUUUCUUCUUGUUACUGUCUAUCAGAAGUAGAAGAUAUAAGGAAAGAAGAGAAAGAUGGCAAAGAAGGCAGGGGAGAAAAGUCACAAGAAGAGCAAGAAGGUUGAGGCGCAGGUUAUUUCCGGGUUUUACGUGUUGCCGGUCGCGUUUCCUGGCACGACGAUGACCAACCUGGAUCGAGGAUCAGACGAGGAGGAGGAGGAGGAGGAGGAGGACGAAGAUGAGGACGAUUUCAGCUCGCAGAAUGUUCUGCAUUAUAUGUACGCGCGAGAACAUAAGACGCCGGGGUCGAAUGCGCCGUCGAAUACGUUGUUUUUGGCAAACUUGCCGAUCGACGCGACGACCAUGCAUAUCCAUGUUCUGAUAUCUCAACUCCUCGGCGAGCACAAGGACGAAGACGAGAGCGACGAAGAGGAAGAGCAAGGAAGAACUCGCAAGCGGAAAGAAAAAGUCUUGCCGACUUCAGUUACCUUCCUCCCAUCCCCCACCGGCUCGCAAUUCAACCUGAUCCCUGCCCUCUCGUCCCUCACGGGCCUGCAGAAAUCAGACAAAGCCUCCUCAUCAAUCCGCAGAAUCCUCCCCUCCAACUCCUCCGCCCACGUCACCUUCGCCUCCGCACCCUCUCUCGCUCGCAUCCUCGCGAUCCUCAAAUACAAACAAGCAUCCCCCCCAUUCUGGACCCUGCCGAACGCAUCCUCUCCCGCCGCAUCCUCAGGCGCCUCGGGAUAUUCGCGCUACACCGCCAUCCACGCGCGCAGAUUCGUGCCCGCGCAGGUGCUGCAGUCGACGGUGGACUCGUUCAUGGAGCGGUUCAACGCUGAAGAAGAAGAGCGCGAGCGCGCGGCUAAGCGUGCGAGAUCCGAGCCGGACGCAGAUGGGUUUGUGACGGUCACGCGCGGAGCGGGCGCGGGGCGCGGGGGCGUGGCGGUGUCGAGUGAUGCGGUUAGAGAGGCGGCGAAGGAGAAGAUGAAGAAGAAGGAGUUGAAGGAUUUCUACAGGUUUCAAGUGCGUGAGCGGAAGAAGGAGAGGAUGAAUGAUUUGCUGAUGAAUUUCAAAAAGGAUCAGGAGAAGAUCGUGGAGUUGAAGGCGAAGCGGAAGUUUAAGCCGUUUGCAGGAAGCAUGGCGUGAAGCAGACAAAUAUAUGGA